CUCCUGGCAGCUGAGGGGGUGCGGAUGAGGAGAGCGGAUGGAUCGGAGGAGGACCACAGCUUACUGUUGCAGCGGCUGAGGGGGACGGACGCAGCAGCCGGGCACGGUCCUUCCAGCUCUCACACCCCAUCACCUCCAGCAGCGUCUUGGAGGAAACCGACGCUUUUUUGCGGGGGGGGGAUAAGGUUGCCCAACCCUCUGGAGGCGGACAUCUAUAGCCUUUACAGGCUGUAAACUUUGACCUGAAGGACGGAUAUUUAUCACCAACUGAAAAUGGACUACAGAGUGGUGCUGCUGAUUCUGCUGAGUCAUGUAACGUCAGCGUUUGAAGUGCCUCUUGAUCCUAAAGUGCUGGAAGGAUUGCCUCAACCUCCGACCAUAACACUGCAAUCCCCCAAGGAUUACAUCUUUGACCCGCGAGAACACAUCAUCAUCCACUGCGAAGCCAAAGGGAACCCUCAGCCCAGCUUUAGGUGGGCCAGAAACGGAACCGACUUCGAUGUGAAGAGUGACUCCAAAAUCGUGAUGAAUCCCGGUUCUGGAACGCUGGACAUCGACAUCAUUGGCGGGAAGGCCGAGGCCUACGAGGGGACCUACCAGUGCACGGCUGAGAACGAGCACGGCAAAGCGUUGACCAACAAGAUCGUCAUCAGGCAGUCAAGGUCCCCCUUAUGGCCAAAGGAGAGAAAUGAAGCCAUGGUCAGGCAGAAGGGGGCCCCCCUGGUACUGAGGUGCCAGCCUCCUGCGGGGCUUCCGCCUCCUGUCAUCUUCUGGAUGGAUAACAACUUUCAGAGGCUGCAGCUGGAUGAACGAGUGUCCCAGGCUUUGAACGGAGACUUGUACUUUUCCAACGUUCUCCCAGAAGAUGCUCGGGAUGAUUACAUUUGCUACGCUCGUUUCCCCCACACACAGACCAUCCAGCAGAAACAGCCUAUUUCAGUAGUAGUACUAGACAACAAUCCUCAAGGAGAACGGCGGCCUCGUAUCCUUUUACCUUCAGAGCCCACCAGCACCAAGAUGGUUCUAAAGGGGGUACUUCUUCAAUUGGAGUGCAUCGCUGAGGGGUUGCCGACACCCGAUGUCUCCUGGCAGAAGGUGGGAGGAGAGCUUCCGAAUAACAGAAUGGCGCUCCACAAUUUUGGUAAAAUUCUGCAAAUUUCGGAUGUGAGUGAGUCGGAUGCAGGGGAUUACCGCUGCACAGCUAAGAACAAGCUGGGCUUAGUUCACCACGUCAUCAAAGUCGCUGUCAAAGCUGCUCCAUUCUGGAUCAGUGCCCCCAAGAACCUGAUCCUUGCUCCCAACGAGACCGGGAUUCUAACGUGUCGUGUUAACGGCAGCCCAAAACCAAAAAUCAGCUGGUUUGUCAAUGGGGUUCCCAUAGAAAAUGCCGCUGCGGACAGAAGUCGCAAAGUCGACGAGGACACUGUGAUCAUCAGCAACGUACAGAUCGGGUCCAGCGCCGUCUACCAAUGCAACGCUUCGAACGAGUUUGGCUAUGUCAUGGCUAACGCUUUCGUCAGCGUUCUUGCUGAGCCACCAAAGAUGCUCACUCCACCCAACCAAGUGUACCAAGUUAUCACUAACAGACCAGCUUUUCUCGACUGCUCUUCCUUCGGGUCACCAAUACCAACUAUUUCGUGGUUCAAGGAUGGCCGGAUCAGCAUUGAGAAUGGUGAUCAGUAUGUGAUCCAUGAGAAUGGUACUCUGGAAAUCAUGGUGGCGCAGGUCCUAAAUACUGGGAAGUACACCUGCGUUGCCACGAACAACCUGGGGAUGAGAGAGAACUCGGUCAACUUGGAAGUUAAAGAACCCACGCGCAUCCUGGAGCAACCGAAGUACAAGGUGGUGCAGAGAGGAAUGAGUGCUAGAUUUGAUUGUAAAGUCAAACAUGACAAAUCCCUCAUUCCCAUAAUGACGUGGCUGAAGGACAGAGGAGAGCUGCCGGACGAUGAGAGGUUUGAGGUGGACUCCGAUAGUCUUACCAUCAAAAACGUGGUUGAGGGAGAUGAAGGCACUUACACGUGCAUGAUGAAGACGAGCCUGGAUCAGGACUCAGCCAGCGCCGUGCUCACUGUCGUCGAGUCCACUCCGACACCUGGAAUUUUCUACGGAAAACCAGACCCGCCCACUGACCUAGAACUGACUGACCAGGCGGAAAGAAGCGUUCAGCUCACCUGGACCCCUGGAGAUGAGAACAACAGCCCCAUACUGAGCUUUCUGGUUCAGUAUGAAGAUUCGCUGCACCAUAAAGGACUGUGGGUAAACUUAACAGAAGUCGAUGGUUCCAAAACCACAACCCAGCUGGAGCUGUCUCCAUACGUUUACUACUCCUUCAGGGUGUUGGCUCGGAACAACGUCGGCUACAGCGAGCCCAGUAACCCAUCAAGCCAAUACAGAACCAACCCUGCUGCUCCUGAUGAAAAUCCAUCAAAUGUUCAAGGAGUUGGAACAAAGCCUGACAACAUGGUUAUUUCCUGGAUGCCACUGACAGGUUACCAGGCCAACGGACCAGGUCUGAAGUACAAAGUCCACUGGAAACGGAGGGAUAUGGACGAGAGCUGGUCUUCUCAGAACGUGGUUGAUAAGUCUCAACUGGUUGUUGAUGGAACUCCAACCUACGUUCCUUAUGAAAUCAAAGUUCAGGCUCUUAACGAUUACGGCAACGGCCCCGAUCCGGAAAUUGCAAUUGGAUACUCUGGGGAAGAUGUUCCUCUGUCCGCUCCUGAAAAAGUUCAGGUCAGGGUUCAGGAUGGCACCUUGGCAGAGGUUCACUGGAAGCCUGUGAACGCCUCCUCGGUUAGAGGGCAACUUCAAGGAUACAAGGUGACCUACCAAAAACUACGCGGUUUGCUUGGGGGAGAGGAAGAAGGACAGCAGCGGGAGAAAGUUAUUGUUUUCAGCGGAGACCAAAGUCAUGGACAGAUACCCGACCUUCAACCUUUCAGUAUCUACAGGCUCUCCAUCAAGGUUCUAAACAACAAAGGAGAAGGACCUUCCAGCUCCAACCAGACCUUUGAGACCCCUGAGGGAGUUCCAGGACCUCCUUCCUUCCUGAAUGUGAUCAGUCCUGGAUUGGACUCCCUCUCACUUGAAUGGGGCCCUCCAGUCAACAACAAUGGCCGCCUCACGGGAUAUACACUCAGAUACCAGCCAGUCAACCAGUCAGCUGAGCAAGGAUUCGUCCACGAAUUAAAUUUCUUUGCCAACGAAACGGCCACCACCCUGGACCACCUGAACACCAGUAUGCUCUACAAGUUUUACUUAAGCGCGAGGACGAUUAAAGGUUCUGGUCCCACCAUCACAGAAGAGGCAUUCACAGCCAUGGAUACAGCUCGUAUUCAGCCCAAUAUAGAGACGGGCAAAGGCCCCACAGAGUCCCCUCACCCAACCCUCCCCAUCACUCAGUCUCUGCAACCCCCAAUUCACAAGGGCACUGGCGCUCCCCCGCCUACCGUUGGCCCUGCGUUUGGCGCAGUUAAUGCAUCUCUAGCAGAGGAGGGUGUAAUGAUCAGUUGGGAAUACUUUGGACACCAUAAGAAUGUAGCUGUGCAGUACACGUUAGAGAACAGUAAAGAGGACUGGACAAAGGAGUGGGUUAAUGGUACGCACUCACAUAUGAUUAAGGGUUUAAAGCCGGGGAUGUCCUAUAAAGUGCGUGUGGUAGCUACAGAUGAGGCUGAACGGAUGCACAGCUCAAAGGAAGUGCCGGUUACAGUGCCAGCUGUGCCAAACCGCCAGGUGGACAUCGCCACCCAGGGCUGGUUUAUAGGACUGAUGUGUGCCAUCGCUCUCCUCAUUCUGGUGCUUCUCAUAGUGUGCUUCAUCAAGAGGAACAAAGGUGGAAAAUACCCAGUAAAAGAGAAAGAAGAUGCUCACCAAGACCCAGAGAUCCAGCCUAUGAAGGAGGAUGAUGGGACUUUUGGAGAGUACAGGUCAAUAGAGAGUGACAUGGAGGACCACAAGCCCUUAAAAGGCAGCCGGACACCGUCUAAUGGGACGGUGCGGCGCGAUGAAAGCGACGACAGUUUGGUGGACUACGGGGAGGGCGGGGACGGACAGUUCAACGAAGACGGCUCCUUCAUAGGCCAGUACAGUGGCAAGAAAGAAAAAGACACGCACGAAGGCAACGAGAGCUCGGAGGCACCGUCGCCCGUCAAUGCCAUGAACUCAUUUGUCUAACGAAAGGUCUGCCGCCUGGUCGCAGUAGUUGCCACGGUCACCCUGGCAAAUGGAACCCUUCUUGUGGUGGUAGUUGCUGUGGUAAGGGUUGCUCUGCACUUGCCCCAGCGGCGGUUGUCACUCCAGCAGCCAAGGCUACCUGUCACCGAGACUGCUGACACUUCAUUUUCCACAUCGUCAGCCCCCAGUCACACUGUGACUUUCCCAUGAACACAUAUUCCCCCAAACGAAUCAAAGAAGGUGUGAAAAGGAUGGAUAUUAUGCAAAGUGGAAAAGCAGACGGAAUGUACCACAAAAGAAGGAUGUGUUCAAGUUUGUGUGCUAUCUUCUUUGGUUUACGUUUGGCGAAAGCAUGGUAUACGACCCGCAGGCAGGCAAAUAUGCAUCAAGUCGCGUUCAUUAGCAUCUGCAUGGAGUAAGUCUAAAGAGUGUUUUACCAACCAUGUGUUGGUCGUUUCAGAGAUGUGCUGCGCUUCAAAACCGAUGUGCGCCUAAGGAGAUCUAGGUACGGUUUAUUGUCCUAUCUUCAGGGAGUGUUAGACGCUGAGUGAUAGCGAUAAAAAUGGCAGUAGUGUCUUUUGUGGAUGCAGCUGUGACAAGUGUGACUCAAAGUAGAAACUAGUGGGGGUUUUUUUAAAGACAGACUGUACAUAUAAUAUUAUAUGAAAAUACUCAAAUAAGGAGGUUUAUAUUUCCAGACCUGUUUGUAAAGUUGAGGAAGCCGACAGGAACCAGGGCUCAUCAUCUUAGCAGCCGGUCGGUGGAACUUGUAGCCUCUUAUGCGUGUAGCCUCUUAUGCGUGUCUUCUGCUUGUCACUUUUUUUUUGUUGCACCGUAUUGUCGUUACAGCACACAAACUAAAAAAUAAAGUGGAUAUAUCGUCAAUCUAACGUAAUGGUCAAGUACUCCAACUUGGCAGACCUGUUCAGACCAUCCCACCCCUUUACUAUUUCCACAAACAUAUGUACUUUCAGAAUCCUAUCAUUUCUGGAUUUGUUGAGAAUAAAGAAGCUCUCAGCCCAAUUUCUAGUGCCUUUGCAGAGAACAGUGACCUAUAUCUACAGGUGCAUCUGUCUUCAUACCCAAAACAAAGCAGAGCUUGUUUAUUUUCUCCAUUGCAUACAUACUAAUGUCUGACCCUGUUCUAAAGAUUUCUUUUGUGAAGCAACAUUUUCACCGUUCCAUUGACACGGACUUGACUUAACAUGCAAAUUCAUUCAUACAACAGAACCCACCAAACACCCAAAUCGGUACUUCUGUCAUACUGUUAUAGUCUUGGCACGAAGCGCUCAUUACUUCAAAAAAAGCUGUGGAGCACUAAAGCAAGUCAUAAAAAGUUAAAAUCAAAUUCGGUUUAGAUUAUUGCAAUUGGUGUUAUUCCUAAUAGUGACCAUGAAAUUGGAGAAGAAAACUCACAUUGAACUAGACUCAAGGCCGUGUCACACACACACACACACAAUAUGUAUAUUUUGAGCACAUUGAAUGGAUGAAAAUUGGUCAUACGUGAAAAAGUGAGAAUGUGAACUGUGAAGAACCAUCAAAAGUCGCAAACAGGGUAAACCGGGUAAGCUAAAGCAAACCCUUAGACACAAGUGAGUGAUCCCAUUUACCUUUUGAUGAAUCAAUUGUGACCCGAUUCACAAAACCUUUUCUUAGGUUUUAUCAUUAAAUGAUCUUUACAUUUUCUAAAUUCCAGCCAAUAAAACCGAAAGUUUCAGAGUUCCUCUGCACCAACAUCAAAACUUAAAAAUAACAAAAUGUCUGAAGUUGUUGGUAUCCAUUGGAAUGGCCCAUACAAAACCAAUGGAACCAUGUUUGUAUUAUAUGGUGCAGUUUGACUAACCAUUUACAGUUUUGGUGUUUCACUUUUUAAAUAAUCCAAAUCCUACCAAAGUAACCAGAUUGCACCAUCCUCUGUCAGGUUACGCAGACAAGUUGUCCAAUUGAUCUUAGCAUGUUGCAUCACGUUGAAAACUAGGUAGGAGUAUUCCUGUGGAACACAUGAGUUUUAAACAGAUGUAUUAUGGGCAUUUUUUUGCAGUACAAGCCGGUACAGUAAUAUUAAACCUAACUACUUACCCCUUUUUUUCCCCCACUGGCCAGUUUUGUGGGAAACAAUAUUUUUAUGUACCGGUCCAUGUAGGAUAAGUUUGGGGAAUAGACUUCAGAAGUUUGUUCUUUACGAACAACCUACUUUUCAGUUUUGUUUUGGUCCUACCACUGAAAUUUUUUUUUUAUUAAAAAACCUGUGACAACGCAGAACACAGUCGCGUUUUAUUACAUACAGAGGUAUGAUAGCAAUCCAAAGAAAAGUCAUAUGGUUUUGAGUGUUUGAUUUAAGAAAACCAAUGCAAAAAAAGAAGCUUAUAGGUGUAGUGAUGUGUGAAGGUACUGUAUCACAUGAACAAGAUAAGCAUAUUGACACAAAUCCAAAUGAUUAAAGUUUAGCAAAAUCUUUUCAAAACAAAACAUUCUUUGGAGGUUAAACAUGAAUACAAUACUUUGAUGUACUUUUUGUUUGUGGCCUGGUACCACGUGAUGAGACUAACUAAAGUCAAGCUGAAAUAGGAAACAUGGGCGGAUCGGAGUCUACUCUUUCAAACCAAACUUCCCCAUUUAUUGGAGGCAUGGCUAGUUUUAGCCCAAUUACGACUAGCAUCUUUGGAACUCUUCUUGGGCAGUAAGAAACCAGUUUAGCCACAGGUUGCUAUGCUUUUGACAAUGACAAUCCUGUCGCUCAGCUACCCCACUUUCAUAAUACCACUAAAUAAAAAAGGAUAGAUGGUGUCCUUACGUCUUCAUCUUCAGGAGGAAAGAAAACUACUGCCAAACUUCUUACCAGAUAACUGCCACCGGGAACCAGACUCCGCCCCUGGUGUUGCGCUACACGAAACCGUAGCGUUUGGAAAAGGGAACUGAGAGAUAAGGAUGGGUGUACAAGUGUAUCUGUCAAGGUGAACGGAAAUGCUUGUUUCGCCACGGUAAAUACCGCGGCCUGUGCAUUUUACCUUCGACAGUACGCGACGUCUAGUCGUGAGCGGAGCACUCGCUUGACUUUUCUAUUGCUGUAAUGGGAGUUGCUAAAGCUGGAAUGGUUGGCCGCAUGCGCGUGUGUGCAGCACAUGCAUGCCUAACGGUUAUUCACGCGGGUGACGUAUACGCAUCCUGUUUCCACCAACACUAUGGCUGUGUCCGAAUACCGUCAGUACUCCCUAACCCUCAAAAGCAUAUAUAGUGCAGGACUGUCCAUUGCCCUGGAUUUUAAUGCAAAUCGGACAAAUACUCACUACUUUACUUUACACUCACUAAUUUGGGAGUAGGUCGUGAAUUCGGACACAGCCUGGAACUCCAAUGUGUUUGUGUGCGCGUGUUUGUGUGUGUUUGCAAAGCAGCGCCCCUCCCCCACUCUAUGGGAUUAAACAUACAUGUACAUUUUUUUAUUUUAUUUUCGGAAAUACUUCAAUGUCUUAUCAUAACUUGCAUCAAGUUUUUAGGUUGCUACGUGUCUGCAUUCUAUGUGUAGAUAAAUAUAUAUAUAUAUAUUUUUUCUUUUUUAUUUAUUGUAAAUAUUAGAGUCCAGCUGUCUGGGGGGGGGGGGCAAAAUGGCAUCGGUUGAAGCUAAUUAUAGUUUUAGACAUUUCAGUUGGUGUGAAGGUUUCUUCUGAUUGUAUUUAGUAUGCUGAAUUUGCUUUGGUUUUAGCCUGUCAGGUAUUGAAGGAGAUUAUUUUAACUUGUUACUGAGCUCGUGUGACACCUGUAUUGUUUGAGUUUGACCGUUGAUGCACAUUUUCUGUAUUUUUUACAAAAGAAAAAACAGUUUGAGACAUUUGGAAAAACCCACAGGUCUCAUUUUAGAACAGCAGGAGAUGUUUCCACGCUGUUCUAAACUAAGAACCCUGGCGAGAGAUGUUCUAGUGGGACUGUGUGCUCAAAAAUACACAAUGAGAAAAAGGAAUUUGGAGCCUGCAUGGAGACAUAGUUACACAUUGGUAUGUAAUAAAUGGUGAACUUUCCAUGGGAUGUAUGACCCCCCCAAUAUGACAAAAGCAUGAAAGACUGUCCAAAUGGUUUACUAUACAAUAUACUAUUGCAAAAAUAUUUUGUUUUUUUAAUGAAGUAAAAAAAAAUCAAUAAAUGUUGCUUUCAGGAUCUGGAA